AUGUCGUCGACAGUCACUGUCGAAAAAUCUCCGUCGAUGGUUCGACGUGUGUAUACCAAUUCUUGGUUUCAGAUCCUUCUGAUCAGCUUUAUCUGUUUCUGCUGCCCUGGCAUGUACAAUGCCCUCUCCGGCCUAGGAGGAUCCGGUCAGGUCGACCCAACAGUAGCAGCCAAUGCUACUGUCGCCCUUUUGUCUGCUACGGCUGGAACUGCUUUGUUUAUCGUUGGACCAAUUUUCGAACGGGUCGGGCCUCGCGUCUGCCUUUUGCUUGGUGGAUGGACCUAUGCCCUAUAUUCAGGGAGCUUGUUGAGUUUCAAUCAUACCAAAAAUGGAGCAUUCGUCAUCGCGUCCGGUGCACUAUUGGGUAUUGGCGCCUCAUUUUUAUGGGUGUCUCAGGGUGCAAUUAUGACAACCUACGUCCCCGAGUCUCAAAAAGGACGUGCCAUCGCUGUGUUCUGGAUCAUUUUCAAUCUUGGCGGCGGCGUGGGUUCUCUCGCUAGUUUUGGUCUUAACUUUCACUCAAAGACCGGCACCGUAUCGGACUCAACGUACAUAGCCCUGCUUGUAAUCAUGUUGGUCGGUUGGGUGUUGGGCCUUUUGAUAUGUACUCCAUCAGCUGUGCGAGUGAAAGGGAUACGCACCAUCGCUACUGAAAAGCCUAACUGGCGACAGACAGCUCGACUUGCCCUACGCACAAUGUCCGAUUGGAGAGUUAUCUGCAUGCUGCCCUUGUUCUUCUCCGCCAACGUGUUCUAUUCAUACCAACAAAAUGAAGUAAAUGGUAUGAACUUCAACAUUCGAACUCGAUCCUUGAAUGGUGCCCUGUACUGGAUGGCCCAGAUGCUUGGCGGUCUGAUCAUGGGCUGCUUGCUUGAUAUGCCAUGGUUGACUCGUCGAUGGCGUGCUGCGGCCGGUUGGGCUACUCUCUUCGUGACUGGCAUGGUUAUCUGGGGAGGUGGCUACAAGUUCCAGCUUUGGUCUACUCAUCGUAUAGCACAAGGACUGAAGCAAGAUAUCGACUAUACGAAUGGAAGUCUUUCAGCCGGCCCCAUGAUCUUGUAUAUCUGCUACGGAGCAUACGAUGCUCUUUGGCAGUCCUUCUGUUACUGGUUGAUUGGUGCCCAGUCCAACUCUCCUGCCAGAACUGCUAUCUUGGUCGGUGCUUAUAAGACCUUCCAGUCUACUGGGGGUGCUAUGGCCUGGAGAAUCAACGCUCUCAAGAAGACGGCCAUGACUCAGUUCGCUAUGGACUGGGGUCUUUGUAUCGGUUCGCUGUUGAUUGUGAUUCCUACGGUCUGGGCGAUUACUUCAACAAAUGUUGGCGAGGAAGAUGUUGUUGCCGAAGAUGAGGUCAAAGAGGAUGUGAAGCAGCCUUUACCAUGA